UAAUCAUCCUUGCUACUAAAAAAAAAUAAAUACGUGUAUCCAGAAAAUUGGAAAUAAAUCGAGAAUUCCUCCAUGAUAUCACGUGACAAGCCUUACCUACAUUGUUCCCAAUGGCGUGAAGCAUUUCCCAGUGUGAAGUCCAGACGAGUCUACUGAUACUGCGCGACUCAGUAUCGAUCGUCUCACGGAUUCCGAGAGCAAAUCUCACCAGCCAGGUUUUCAAGGGCCGACAGCCACUGUUUGAAUUUGGGCUUGGCACUGUCUGCCACUUCCGUGCAUAGACCAAAACGGAUCGAAGUGCUGUUGGCUUUUGCUUUGCUGGACCAACUUCACUUUCGUUGCUAACCCGGAAGAAGCUCUUAUAUCCGUAAGGCGAUAGUUGGUCACUUUUGAAAGAAACUGAAUAAACUAGGCACCUCUUAUCUUGGAAGAAGAAAGCCGGAUGUGCUGCUGAAAUCUUAAAGCUCUCUUAAGCAUCUUUUCUUUGAUUGCCAAGACUCGAAUAAAAACUUUUUUCCCACUCGUAAUUAAAAUAUGGCCAAAACACCAACCAACACACCAGUGAAGAAAGUGCCGCUUCAUCUUCAAAGCUCCCAAUCGAGAAUGUUAAUAAAAGGAGGAAAAGUGGUUAAUGAUGAUCUUAUGUUUGAUGCUGAUGUUUAUAUUGAAGAUGGAAUCAUUAAACAAGUUGGAAAGGAUCUUGUCAUUCCAGGAGGGACAAAAGUCUUGGAAGCAAAAGGAAAAAUGAUAAUCCCUGGUGGAAUUGAUACACAUACUCAUUUCCAGUUUCCAUUCAUGGGUACAGUUUCUGUUGAUGACUUUUACACUGGCACAAAGGCUGCAUUGGCUGGAGGAACAACAAUGAUUAUGGAUUUUGUUUGUAGCCAGAAUAGUUCUUUAUUGGAAGCUUAUGAAACAUGGCGUGGAUGGGCUGAUGAAAAAGUUUGUUGCGAUUAUGGUCUACAUAUGAUAGUUAAAUCUUGGGAUGAAAAAACUGAAUCAGAAAUGGAAAUUUUGACAAAAGAAAAAGGCAUAAAUUCUUUUAAAAUGUUUAUGGCCUAUGAAGGUAUGCAAAUGAGUGAUAAAGAUCUCUUGGACAUUUUUGAAACAUGUGCAAUAUUAGGAGCUUUGGCUCAAGUUCAUGCAGAAAAUGGGGACAUAAUUUCUGUCAAUCAGAAAAAACUUUUGAAAAUGGGUAUUACUGGACCAGAAGGACAUUUAUACAGUAGACCAGAAGAGGUUGAAUCCGAAGCAACUUAUCGAGCAAUAACUCUUGCAAAUCAAGUGAAUUGCCCUCUUUAUGUUGUUCAUGUUAUGAGUAAGGCAGCUGGUGAUAUCAUAGCAAAGAAAAGGCAAGAAGGAUAUAAUGUUUAUGGGGAAGCUAUUGCUGCAGCUUUGGGAGCUGAUGGACUCCAUUACUUCCGCAAGUGCUGGCAGCAUGCUGCAGCAUUUGUUAUGUCUCCACCUCUUCGACCUGAUCCGUCUACACCAAGACAUUUAAUGCAGCUAUUGUCCAGUGGUUGUCUUCAGACUACAGGAUCAGACAACUGUACCUUCAAUUCGGUCCAAAAAGGAAUGGGCAUUAAAGAUUUUACUAAAAUUCCUAAUGGGGUUAAUGGUGUUGAAGAUAGAAUGUCAGUUAUAUGGGAAAAAGGCGUUAUGUCUGGCUUGCUUGAUCCUUGUCGAUUUGUAGCCAUUACCAGUGCAAAUGCUGCAAAAAUCUUCAAUAUUUAUCCCCGAAAGGGUAGAAUUCAAGUUGGCUCUGAUGCAGAUAUUGUUGUCUGGGAUCCUCAUGCAAGUCGCACAAUAUCAGUAAAGAAUCAUCAUCAAGCUGUAGAUUUCAAUAUUUUUGAGGGAAUGGAAGUUAGAGGAGUGCCUGUAUACGUAAUUUCUCGAGGAAAGUUGGUAGUGGAAGAGGGACAACUGCAUGUAAGUACAGGCUCUGGACGCUUUAUUCCAAUGCAACCAUUUUCUCCUUAUGUCUUCGCCUGUGUACAGCAAAAAGAACUUUUUCCACCACCUGUUGUCCGUGAUGAUUCUGAAGUACCUGAUGGUGAAAUCCCUACUACUCCUGUUAAUGGAUCAUCAUUUUCACGGGAGUUUGUGCGUGCAAAAAGUGGUUCAGAAUUCCAUUCUAGACCACCAACAAGAAGUGGUGGAAGAAAUCUGCAAGACUCUACAUUUAGUCUUUCAGGUGCCCAAAUUGAUGAUGCAAAAGGUCAACGCAGUGGUAUUAGAGUUAAUAACCCACCUGGUGGUCAUUCUGCAGGCUUGUGGUAAAUAAUUCUAUCACAAUAUUCACAAAGCAUCUUCAUGUUUUAGUUUCACUUUACAACUUCAAAUUGUUUUCGUAUACACAUAUACGAAACUUACUAUUCUGUCAAAAUUUGUGUGCUGUCAGAGUUUGUUGAAUUGGUGAUGAUUAAAAAUUUGUUAGAAUUCAAUUCUGUUCUUGUUGUGAUUCUAUGGAGUUUUAUGUUAUCUGGUAUUCAAACUUACUUAAAAGAUACGCUAUGAUUUAUGUAUUGUUGAAAUUUUGGAAAGCAGUUAUUCCUCUAUUUGAAAACAAAAUUUGCAUAAUUGCUUAUUCAUUAAACUUAUAAGCUUGUAGUUCUAAAUGUGAUAUUGCUGUAAGAUUGUUUUGAAUUAUGGUGAAGCAGAAUGAAUGCAUGGUUUUGAAUUUGGUUGUAUAGUUCUUCAUUAAAUGUUCUGGAAUUAAACUUUUCUAUGUUAACAUGUACUUCAAAAUGCUUGUUGUGUUUUAUAUUUGAAUUUCAAUUUUUAUAGCAAUGCUUUUAAAUAUUUCAACUGCAGUUGUAUUUGUGAAAUUGUCCUAUUUUUUAUAAAAGAAAGUAGUUUGUUCAGAUAAAAGUUCAAAUAUUUAAUUUUAUCAUUUUAACUGCAUAUCCUAAUUUUAUCAUCAUUGCAUUUAUUUCGAUUUUCUUUGUUGUUUUAAAAUGUGAUAAAUUGGUGCUUUGUAUUAUUUUUAAAAAAGCAUAUGUAAUCUUUAAAAUAUUUUCUCUUGUCUUUGUUUAAACACCCAUGUUACACUUAAAGUGUAUUUAGUUAAAUGUUUUGUUUCAGCUUAGCUUCAACAUUAACAAUGAUUUAGAGAAUUUGUAUUUGCAUGAGAUUUUGGUAACAUCAAGCAAAACUUUGUUCCUUAACUUCGUGUCAUGCCCUGGUUGUUUACUAUUCCAAAGUGUUUACCUGGUGUUAUCAUUUGAAUACUUAAAUUUGAACAGUUUUUGAAUUUUAUUAUGUAUGUCAUUAAUCACUAUUGAAAAUUUGUUGAACUGUUUAAUAACUAAAACAUUGGAUUUUACAAUAUGUCUGAACAAAAUUCAAAAUUAUGAAAUUUUUAAUUUUGUUUCUAUUUUGCUUUCUCAUUCAACAUCUUCAAAGUUUUAAUCAUGUUUAACAUGAGAAAAAUACAGAAUGAAAAUACCAUGAUGUAACAAAAUUCUUGUUACAUUGUUAUAUUAAUUGAACAGUUUCUUCUAGUAGAAUUUGUCUUAGGUGCAGAUAUGAUGACACUAGAGUGAAACAUUUUGUGCAAUACAUUUAAAUAUAUAUCUCUUUAUAUCGAUAUCUGAGUUCACCUAUAUAUUCUCAAAUUCUAAGAUAUGUUGAAAUUUGAUAAUGUUUAAAGUCUAAGUAUUUCUGUAUGAUAUAAUUGUAUAAUUUAAAUUUUCUUUUUAAACUUACUAUUAGUCAUUUUUAUAGUAAUUUUCUCAUACAUUUCCAUGUAUGUUCUGUCUUUAUAAAAUCAAAGCUUUAUCGUGAUAUUCUACAUAUUUUUAUAAAUCUAUGAUAAAGGCAAAUAUUAACUAAAAAUAAUUAAUUACCAUUGGAUUUUUUUCACAAAUAUAGAAUUUUUGAAAUAACAAAGAACUUACUUCCUUGACAAUAUGUUUUAAAAAGUUGCUAUUUAAUUCGUAUACCAAAGUUAUUAACUGUUAUUAGAAAUUUUAUUUAGAUAUUCUUUUAUAUUUUUAAUUAAAAUGAAAUAAUUUCAUAACUUAAAGCAUACGACUUAGAUAUCUUACAUUGCGAAAUUAAAUUUUGAUAUUAUUAUAUACCAUGAGCUUUUGAAUAAAAAUGACAUAAUCUUUGAAAAAACUAAAAUGAAAUUUAUCUUUAUUUUUGUAUUUGAGGGAUAUAUCAAGUUUUUCACUUGAGCAUCAGAAAUUUGUUUCAUUUAAUUUUUAUUUAUAUUAAUGCAGAACUGUAAACAAAGAAAAUUAUUGUAAUGCACAAAUAGAAUUUGAAGAUUCAUUUCAUUUGAUUCAAUUUCUAAAAUGGGAAAUAGAUCUUUCUUGAAGUUCAAGUAUAAAAGUACUAAGCUUGAAUAAUCAUAUCUCCUGGCUUUUACAUUUGUGUUAAACAAAUUUUUAGUAUCUUUGAAACUGUGAUUAAAUAUAACAAUGUAGAUGUUUCACUUUUGUAAGAGGCAUUUUUUACCAGAAAAAUUUUAAUUCAUUAUUUCUAUAUGCAUGUGUAUCAGUAUUGUAUAUCAAGUUGUAGUGAAGCAUAUCAUGCGUUCAAUAAACUGUAAAUGUAAGAUUUUUUGUGCUUUAAGUAGUUUGUUAGAAUUGUUGCAAUGCAUAUUUAUUUCUUCAAUUCAGUGCAUUUAUUUUAUCUUUAAGUUUUGAUAUUUAAAGCUUUAAAAAAAGCACCAAGCAAAAGAUUUCAAAAGUUUGCUUCUCACUAAAAUAAAUGGAGUCUUUGUCAGUGUGGCAUUUGUACAUUUUUUAUAUAAUUUUUUGACACAUUUGUUCCAAAUUUCGUGUUUCUGCUUGCAUAUAUAUCUGAUCUGCUUUGUUCACAUGCCUGUUUUGUAUAUUUUGAUGCAAUAAAGUAAAAUUAAUGAUU